AUGGUUGCCAAGACGAGGCGACAGCUCGCCAAGCUCGCGCUGCUUCUCCUCGCCCUGCUCCUCCUCCUCGCCGCCAUCUUGCUGUGCGUCUUCUUGAUCCCGCGCCACCACAGGAGGCCGCUGCCCCCUGCCUCGCCGCCGGGGAACGCGUCGAACCCCGACGACAGCAUCGUGGCGUUUGACUUCUCCCCGUACCUCAUCAUGUACAAGAGCGGACGCGUGCACCGGCUGGACGGCACCGCCCGGUGCUCGGCCGGCGUCGAUGAGGCCACGGGGGUGACCUCCAAGGACGUGGUGCUCGACAGCGGCACUGGGCUCGCGGCACGGAUGUACCUGCCCCCGGCGCUCGGCAGCAGGCGGCGGCACCCGGUGCUGGUGUUCUACCAUGGCGGCGCGUUCGUGAUCGAGUCGGCGUUCACGCCGCUGUACCACGCGUACCUGAACGGGGUGGCGGCGAAGGCGCGCGUGGUGGCGGUGUCCGUGGAGUACCGCCUGGCGCCGGAGCACCGGCUGCCGACGGCGUACGACGACUCGUGGCGGGCGCUCAACUGGGUGGCCAGGAACGCCGCGUCCGGGCCGGAGCCGUGGCUGCGGGACCGGGGCAACCUGUCCCGGCUCUUCGUCGCCGGGGACAGCGCCGGCGCCAACAUCGCGCACAACAUGGCCAUGCGCGCGGGCACGGAGGUGCUGGACGGCGGCGCGGCCAUCACGGGCCUCCUGCUCUUGGACCCUUACUUCUGGGGGAAGCAGCCGGUGGCCGGGGAGACGACGGACCCGGCGCGGCGGCGCCAGUACGAGGCGACGUGGUCGUUCAUCUGCGGCGGGCGGUACGGCAUCGACGACCCGCGGGUGGACCCGCUGUCGAUGCCGGCGUCACAGUGGCAGAAGCUGGCGUGCUCGCGCGUGGCGGUCACGUCGUCGGGCAUGGACGACUUCCGGCCGCGCGGCCUGGCGUACGCGGCGGCGCUCAACGGCAGCGGGUGGGACGGGGAGAUCGAGCAGUACGAGACGCCCGGCGAGCGGCACGUCUACUUCCUUGAUAGGCCCAAGGACCCCAACUCCAUCAAGGAGCUGGCCUUCGUCACCGGCUUCCUGACUCGGGAGUAG